AACACACACACAAACAUGGAGACGGAAGCAGAGAAACAACAAAAGAGAGCUGGAGUGGAGGACGAGAAGGAGAAAAGGAAAGGAGGAGGAGGGGGAGGAGUGGGAGGAAAAGGUGCAGGGAGCUGGAGAGAGGAAGAGGUAAAGGCCCUGCUUUCCGUGUGGCCUGACAGGGGGCCUGCUGCAGGCAGUGAAGCGGAAGGCCAGAGGCAGAGCCAGAACACCAGCUCCAGCACCAGCAGCUCCAGCAGCAGGGCCGACUGGGAGCGGAUCUCAAGCCGGCUACGGGAGCUGGGCGUCCAGCGGAGCUGGAUCGAGUGCCAGGCCCAGUGCAAGGCCCUGGGGGCCCAGGCGCGGCACGUCCAGCAGCAGACGACACCAGCAGCAGCCGUCUUCAGCUCUGCAGCAGCCAUGGGGGAGGUGGCCAUCCGCCUGACAAAGGGGCCAUUCACCAACAACAACAUGGGGGCGGAAACCAGCUCAGCCAAUCAGAGAGGCCCUAGCACUCUAGUCUCUCUGCAGGAAGGUGGCCUGGUGCAAGCGAGCGGCGGCGGCAGCAGCGGCCCCUCCUUCGUGACGUACACUGGCUCAGAGGGCGGACGGCACUGGUCAGACGACGAGGUGCGCGCGCUACUCUCCGUCUGGGCCGACCGGCACGUGCAGCAGCAGUUGCAGCACACGCUGCGCAACAAGGCCAUCUUCCAGGAGAUGGCACGCCGCCUGCACCGGCAGUACGGUGUGGUGCGUGACUGGAAGCAGUGCCGCACCAAGUACAAGAACCUCAAGUAUGAGUACAAGAUUAGCAAGAGUGCACAAGCCGCCGGGCUGAUGGCUGCCGCCACCGGAGGGCAGGUGAGGGCAAUGAAGUUCUUCAGCGAGGUGGAGACCAUACUGCAGGGCAGGGAACUGGAAUCGCCAAUGAGCAUGGGAGACUCCGACCAGUUCAACGUGAUCACGGUGCACGACUCGGGUCGCAACUGGAGCGAGGAGGAGGUGGACAAGCUCAUCACCAUCUGGUCCGAAGACGGGAUCCGCCGGCAGCUGGAGAACUCCACGCGCAACAAGAACAUCUUCGUGCAGAUCUCCCGCCGUCUCCUGCAGCAAGGUGUGGAACGGGACUGGAAACAGUGUCGCACCAAGUACAAAAACCUCAAGUACCUCUACCGCUCGCUGCAGCGCGGCAAGGCUGACAUUGGAGACCCACGGCGCAUCAUGAAGUACUACGACCAGUUGGACACCAUCUUGAGCAGAUCUGCGGGCAGUGGCGGCUCAGACAUGGGCUUCAUGGACUCGUUUGAGCCCAACGCUGUUCUGAGGACGGCCAGGCUCUACCCAAUGGCAAGCUUUGAGGAGCAGCUACAGGUUGCCAACCAGGACCCCAAAAGCGCCGUCAGGGACUUUGGUGGGGUUGGAUACGAGCCACGGGUGAUGGUGGAGAACAUCCUCAGGAACUCUGAGGGCAUCAGUGUCAUGAGGUUGGACAACCAGGAGGAGAACAGCGCCAUCGUGAGGCAGAUGGCAAAUGACAUCCUUCCUAAAGGUUACCUGGAAACUACCGCCAAUGAAGACAGUGUAGGCUUGCAUGACGUCUGCCCAACUCGCAGGACCAUAAGACGUGAAGAAAUAUCUGAGGCGACGUUGACGCACAGGGACCAAGCACAUCUCAACCGAGCCAGGAAGAGGAAAGCCACUGAUGAAGACAAUACGAGCCUCAAGCGUCUCCAGCGAGAUUUGGAUGACGGCAAUGGCAGUACGGACUGGUCCAGCAGGAGUGUAGACUUUGAGUGCAAAGAGGAGCAAGACCAAUACAUUCCAAUCAUUGAAAUCAGCUCGGUCUGUUCCAUGGCCACACCGUCACCAGCUCAGUUGCGUGGGCCACUCUCCGGCUGCAACACAUCCGAACACUCCACAUUCUUCUCCGAUGCCAGACUCCUCAAAUUCCAUGCCCAGGUUCCUGCCGAUAGAUCCCGCGAAGGUCCUUUCAGGCCACGCGUGGUGCCUCCUGAAAUAAUUUGUCUACAGUGUGUCGUAAUUAGCGACACAAGAUAUAGCAAGAUAACGCUUCCCAUUCCGUUUGUGAGUGCUUGUCGCGUGUCGUUCUCGAGCCUGCAGGAUAACAGCAGAUACGCAGCAGAUAUGGCGUCUUCCACCGCAGAUUUGAAACUCGGUCAGAAGUUGAACGAGGGUAAGACCAAACAGAUUUUCGAGCUCCCCGAUGAGCCCGGUCAUGUCCUGGUGCAGUCGAAGGACCAGAUCACGGCGGGAAAUGCUGUCCGAAAAGAUCAAAUGGAGGGGAAGGCUGCCAUCGCCAACAAAACCACUAGCUGCGUCUUUAAACUGCUGCAGGAAGCAGGCAUCAAGACGGCAUUCGUGCGUAAGCACUCAGAGACUGCAUUCGUGGCGACCCACUGUGAGAUGAUCCCCAUCGAGUGGGUCUGCCGCAGGGUAGCCACCGGGUCCUUCCUCAAGAGGAAUCCCGGCGUCAAGGAGGGGUACAGGUUCUCCCCGCUCAAGAUGGAGACCUUCUUCAAGGACGAUGCCAAUAACGACCCUCAGUGGUCAGAGGAGCAGCUGCUGGCGGCCGACUUCAACUUGGCAGGCCUGGCCAUCGGCCGUUGCGAGGUGGACAUCAUGAACCGCAGCACGGUGGCCAUCUUUGAGGUGCUGGAGAAGGCCUGGGCGACUCAGAACUGCACCCUGGUGGACAUGAAGAUUGAGUUUGGAGUGAAUGUUACGACCAAGGAGAUCGUGCUGGCGGAUGUGAUUGACAAUGACUCGUGGAGGCUGUGGCCAGCAGGGGACAGGAGUCAGCAGAAAGACAAACAGGUGUACCGCGACCUGAAAGAGGUGACUCCUGAGGCUAUGCAGAUGGUGAAGAGGAACUUUGAGUGGGUUGCAGAGCGAGUGCAGCUUCUGCUGGAGCCCUCUGCGUCUGGCCGUGUGGUGGUCCUGAUGGGCUCCACCUCCGACAUGGCCCACUGUGAGAAGAUCCGCAAGGCCUGCGGCUCCUACGGCAUCCCCUGCCUGAUGCGCGUCACCUCCGCACACAAGGGCCCCGACGAGACCCUCCGCAUCAAGGCCGAGUAUGAAGGGGAUGGCGUGCCUACUGUGUUUGUGGCAGUGGCGGGCAGAAGCAACGGGCUGGGCCCCGUCAUGUCUGGCAACACGGCCUACCCAGUCAUCAACUGCCCUCCCAUCACGCCAGACUGGGGCGCCCAGGACGUCUGGUCCUCCCUCCGCAUGCCAAGUGGUCUGGGAUGCUCCACUGUCCUCUCCCCGGACGCCGCUGCCCAAUUUGCUGCACAGAUCUUUGGCCUGACCAAUCACCUGGUCUGGUGCAAGCUCCGCGCUUCCAUGCUCAACACUUGGAUCUCCCUCAAGCAAGCCGACAAGAAGCUCCAAGCUUGCAGCCUGUGAAGAACAAGUUGUUGAUUUUUUUUUUUUCUUUUCUUGGUCAGUUCUCCUUUUUGUUUUCUUUACUUUCUUUUUCUUUUGUACGUUUCUAUUGCCUCUCUGCUCCUCGAGCUUCUCACUUGCCUUCUUCAAUCGAUAACUCUUCCGAACGGAGACAUUCGGAGCUGUAGCAUUUCUAACACUACACAUUCCAGUGAAUAAAACCUCUAGAAAAUAUAUAACCCUA